AUGGAUCUUGAUGAACCGAACACUAAUGACUCUGGUGAUGUGGUUCGUAAGGUUGACAAUUUGGAAUAUUGUCUGCUGAAUCUUAUAGCACAAGACAUCACACCAAUCGAGGAUUUGGAUCAGUUGCAUAGUAUUUCAGAGAAUAAUGUACAAUUGUUCAUAGACCGCCUUUUUGCGCUGCAAAAAUCGUCCGACUCGGACGGAGUUUAUGUAAAACUCCCUGCUAAACCGGUAUUCCAAUUUCCAAGAGUAACACCGCUUCCUAAACCUAAACCUAAAACUAGAUGGCAAAUGUUUGCAGAAUCAAAAGGGAUAAAGAAGCUGAAGCGUAGUCGUUUGGUUUGGGACGAGUCGGUGAAGGAUUGGGUCCCGCGCUGGGGUUACAAAUCUUUUAAAAAAGGACUAAUGGCUAAUCCGCCCAUUUACGAGAUUAAAGAGACACAAGACGACACUACGAAUAUGUUUGAGGUAGAAACUAAGAAAAGAAAACUAGCCAAGCUUAAGAAUAAAUAUCGUGAAUUGAGAAACAAAAUGGAAGCUAAUGGCCAAAAAUUCGGCGUUGCCAAAGACGAAGACACGAUAAAUCCUGCAAAUCCAGAGUUAUUACAGGGGAAGAAGGGCAAAAACGGUAGAACUGGUAUACAAAAAAUACUAUCUAUUUCUCAAAAAUCUGAUCGUUCCUGCGGUAAACAUUCAAACAAAGUUAAAGGGGAAAAGGUGGUUAGGAGUAGGGCACUGGGUAAACCAAAAGUACAAUCUUUGCAAAACGAAUAUUCCAACUAUAAUAAGAUAAUCUCAAAAGUCUUAAAGCAACAGACUUAA